ACAGCUAUAUAAAAAGCAACUUUUCCUUUUGAAAACCUAACACUCCGCCUAUCUAGACCUAUAAUUUCUAUUACACGCCGUCGCGGGUGGUCGCUGCUUGUCGGCGAUCGGUGAUCAGCGAUUUCUAUCUCCUCCGUUUGAUCAGACAUAUUGCCAUUCAAGAAAGCUGUAAUGGGCGGCUGUCCAGCUCCAUUUUCAGAAAUCGGCAAGCGUGCUAGAGAUCUUUUGACCAAAGAUUAUAACUAUGAUCAGAAGUUCUCCCUUGCAAUUCCCAGCUCUACUGGAAUGGGACUUACAGCUGUUGGUGUAAAGAAAGAUAAUAUAUUUGUUGGCGACAUAAACAGUCAAUAUAAAAGUGGAAACACUGCUGUGGAUGUGAAAGUUGAUACCUAUUCUAAUGUCACAACCAAAGUAACUCUAACGGAUCUCUUACCUUCUACAAAAGCUGCAGUUAGCUUCAGUAUUCCCGAUCACAAGUCUGGCAAGCUCGAUAUAGAGUAUGGUCGUGAUGGAGUGGCCAUGAACUCAAGUAUUGGACUGAAUCCAACUCCUCUUUUGGAGCUUGCUGCUGCAAUUGGCUGCAGUGAUGUAGCUUUUGGUGGUGAAAUUGGAUUUGAUACAGCAUCUUCAUCUUUCACCAAGUACAAUGCUGGAAUAAGUUUCAACAAGCCCGAUUUUUCUGCAGCUUUAAUACUGACGGACAAGGGACAAAUCCUGAAAGCUUCAUAUGUUCACUUAGUGAAUCCGUUGAGUGGAACUGAGGUUGCUGCUGAGAUGACGCACAGAUUUUCUACCUUGGAGAAUGGUUUCUGUAUUGGAAGUCUCCACAGAGUCGAUCCUUUCACGGUGGUGAAGACUAGAUUCACUGAUAAUGGAAAGGUUGCUUUAUUAGGCCAGCGGGAAUGGAGGCCUAAAUCCCUUGUAACAGUUUCGGCAGAGUACGACACAAAGACCACCAUUGCCACACUCAAGUUGGGCCUAGCCAUUGCUCUCAAGCCCUGAGUUUAUUAUGGUGCUUCAUUAGAUAAUAUAACCUUAAAUACAAUUUUUUUACAGCCAAAGUGGCUUAAAUUUUCGCUAUCAUUCCCCAAGGACCCGGAAAAAUCAGUCCAAUUCUUGAUCAUAUUAUAUGACAGCCACCUUAAAAGAAUUUUUGAUAAGUUGGAAAUUUAUUGCUGCAUUCCCAUGUAUGGCAAAUAAAACAACGUUUUAGUGUAGGAUCUGUUUGGCCCAUCUCUUGGAACUCGCAAGUUUCAAUUAUUAUUACUACUUUCGAUCCUGGAGUUUUUUUGUG